AAACCACUAGUCUCGCAUUGCCAGUAAAGCUAACGACUCCCAACAACUGGGGAGAAUUUAAUUGCCUUUACAGUGUCAAAUCAUAACAGACGUCUCAGGACACUAUAGAGUAGCUAGGUCUUGGUCUAACCUUAGACCACACUAUAUAACGUUAGAACAUUAGCUAAACCUAACCUUCAGGUGCUGUAAGCGUAGCUAACAGGUUAUUUUAAUGGUUUAACCUGUUAGCCGAUCUUUCUAAAGAAAAUAAUGUGUUUUAAAUAUGAAAAGGGUAAGUUUAAUCACUUAAAAAACAAAAAAAAAUGUACGGCGAGUAACAGUAACUUAUGGUAAAAUGUGCAUUAAAUUCUAAGGUAAGAAACAUUGUGAAUGCUUAUAAAAUAUAUGCAUUGCUAACUUAUGCGAGCUAAAUUAUACCAAGUUAAAGCACUUUUGGUGUAAAAGUAGACUUUACGACUUACAGUUGUUUGCUGAAGUUCAAUUUUGAAUGCUGAAUUGUAUUUGCAUUUUCUCCAUUGUGGUAUUACUAACCUAACGUUAGGCUACUCAUAUUUAAACUCAAUAAAAUUGAGUGGCAAAACAUGCACUGUGAGACCAACAGGAGAUUUAGGUUAGCUGACGACCUCAGUCUUUCAUGGUUGUUUUCAGUGUAAAUUAAGGCUUGCAUGUGCAUCACUCAGUAUAUUUGUCCCAAAGUGCAUGUUCUUGGCUUCCUGUCCAUCAGACCAACUGUGGUGCAGGCUGGCACAGGUCCAGUGUGCAUGUGUAGAGUAACUAUGCAGGGUUUGGGGCUUUUUGAGUUGUGUGAGAAGGAGGGCGACAGGCCACCUGCCAUAGGGGCUUGCCCUGUUUGGAUCCCCAGCCCUGCCUUUCAACCGGGAGCCAAGUUGAGGUUCUUUCAUGUGGGCCUGAUCUCCUUAAGACAUCAGCAAAUAUUGAACAAGACUCAGUCCAGACUCAAACACAUCUGUUGUCAUAUAGUCUCCACUGUUAGGCACAGACAAUUGGAGAGAGAGUGUGAACACCAGUGGGUCUGUUGCAUAAGCUUCGAUGUGUGGACAGAAAGCUAUAGUUUAUACUUUGCAAACACAAAUGCUAACUUUUGACGAGCUUAGGCUAAACCAUGUUCCACUGUAAACAAAUAUGGGGCUGUGUGCAAGGAAUAUAGUUUGGUAUGACAAGGCAGCCCACUGACUGCCAGAUUUGGGCUGAAGAUCGGAAAUGAGAUAAGACGAACAGAUAGCCAACAUUUAAUAUCCCUCAGUCAUGUUGUAGAAUCAAUCAGCAGUAUUUUGGGACCGUUUUGGACAGAUAAGAAGGACAGUUGUAUUUUAGAAUUAGGAUAGAUUAUGGAAUUAAGUACUUUUCUCAAAUACUUGGAGCUAUAAGAGAAUGCAUAUUAGAGGAAGUGUAAUGCAUGCAGAACUUCAAACAGACAAAAAGCCUCACAAAUGCAAAUACAUAUAAUCAACAGUAAACAGACUGAUAGGCAUGCAAUAAACAGGCUGUUGAACUUGCUGUACUGUGAGCUGAACUGUUUCAUCAUAGUUUUGGUGUUUCAGUGUCAAUUUAAUAUCCUGCAACUGUGUCUUAAUAUACUUAAUAUUUGUUGUCAGAUUUUCAGGUUUUUCUGAUCCCACAUAACUGAAGUCAUACAGCUCCAUCCAUCACAAAAAUACUUGGGUAGGAGUUGGGUUGGGUCAACACUCACAGCAUUCUCAUAGUCGUUGAAACUCACCUUGUGCGACUGGAAUGGCUAGUUACACCCAGUCCAGCCUCUCCACCAAUCGCUUGCCUUAAAAGUUGUCUUGAAGCAGGAAAGGGCACUAACUAGUAUGUUGUGUUGCCUGCAACCCUUCCUCUUUGACAUCAUAGUUAGGAUGGUUGAGUUGCCUCUGAAAUUUACUGGUGCUCUCGGUGGAGACUGAUUUGGUCUGUGGCUUUGUCAAGCUGUUCGGUGGAGGUCGACUGGACAGGUAUAGUAUCAUGUUUUCGUUGUCUAAAUUAUAGUAGAACAAUCCAGGAGGUAAUGCCAUGUAGAAUUAUUUAGGUAAAGUAGUUUAUCGAGAAAUGUUUGUGUCAUCAGAUAUUAGGCCUUAGUAUGAUAAUGACAAUGUAGCCUGCCAACUACGUUUGGUUUUGCUGAUUUAAUGUAGUUAUAGGUAGGCAUUGUUUGUGUUUUAUUACAACAUGUUAAGGCAGAGAAUUGGCCUAAGUACACAUUCAGAUAGCAGACAAACAAUAUAGCCUAGAUGUCUUUACUUUUGUCUGUGUAUUGUGAAAAAUCCUCUGAAGUGCUUAAUCUGCCACUGUGUUACUACUUUUUGACAUACUGUAUACAGUGCUUUUAAAAUAAUUUUUCGAGUCAGGUGUCAUACAGGAAAUCUAAUGUACUAGGACACAAUAGGAAAAUAUGAUUUUAACCUUGAUCAAUGGCCAACUUGAAUACAUUGUAAAUUUGGCCUUUGUAGUUGAUAUAAUUUCCAUGGACUGAGUCUACUGCAGAUAGGACACCAUGGUGCAUUGUCUUAGGCCUGUACACAUCUAACACAAGGGAUCUUAAUCUCACAGUUUUUUUUUAUGUGAAAGUUAUCACUCAAGAUGGAGGACAAGAAAAAGAACUUCUUGGAUAACUUCCGUCUCAAAACUAAGUUGGUCAACCUGAAGAAGCCAGGGAAGAAGGCUUUUGGAAAGCGUGGAAAGAAGCUGGCUCAUCGGCGCAGUAUUUCUGUACCAGACCUAAGGUUUGUGCCAGCUGAAGCAUUUUCUACAGACAGUGCCACUCCUUCUGAUGCCAUCUCCUUCAGCAACUCCCGUGGUGAGAGUGAUACUGAUUCUGUUGCCAGUGGCUCCGUUGUUGAUGGACUCCUUUUCACAGACAAACUGAACGAUUCAAUCCCAGAAAGUAGACUCAAAGUUCCCAUAGAUCGCACAGCUGCUGCUUUGAAUAGAAUAAGUUCACCAGCGGGGACACCGAGCCUUCAUGAGGAAAAUGCACAGGCAGAUAAAAGAGCCAUGGGGAAUGCACGUAUAUUUACUUUUGACCCUAUUCCUAAACCAAGAAGUGUUUUUACCAAUGCACUUCCACCAAGACCAGACAUUGUAGGGAGAGAGAAUCUCUCUGGUGAAGACACCCCAGCAGCCAUAGUGCCUUCAGGUGCUGUUGCUGCAGUAUUGGCAAGAGCAAGCUCAAUGGGAGAACAAGUGAAGCCUUACACAGAAAAGAGGACCACAGCAUUUGAGUAUAGAGAGUCAUCAUCUGAAAAAGGAACUCCGCCAGCAACCAGAGCAAAUGCUCAGGGUACUCCUUUGGAGAGUGCAGAUGGUACCUCUUCACCUCCUUCCUGUGGCAGUCCCAGUGAGGAGCGAGUCAACAUGCCCUGGACGACAGACUCGGAGGAUCUUGACCGAGAACUUUGCUCUUACGUUUUGACGGAAGAGGCUCUGCUAGAAGAAGCCCAGCCUGAGGAGGAGCUAGAAGAAACGACAGAGGUGUCCAGUGGACCGAAUUAUUUCUUUGACGAAAACAUGCAAGAUCCUCUAGAAAACUCUCAGUUUAUGACAGCAGGGGCUGACGUCCAAGCACUUGACCCAUCCCAGAGAUACCUCCUGAACAUCAACCUAAAGCAGGGAAGGAACCUGGUCAUCCGAGACAAGCGCUCCGGGACCAUUGAUCCUUAUGUGAAGUUCAAACUUGAAGGAAAACAGUUUUAUAAAUGCAAAGUGGUUUAUAAAAGCCUGAAUCCACGGUGGAAUGAGUCCUUCUCCCAUCCUCUUCGAGAUAGAGAGCAUGUCGUGGAAGUUCGGGUCUACGAUAAAAAUCGGACCGCUGAUGAGUUCAUGGGUUCCAGCACUAUUUCCCUAAAGCAUCUUCAAUUGUACAAAACCUAUGAAAUGGAGUUGCUUCUUGAUGAUCCAAAAAGUAAAGAAGAUAACAUGGGAGUUAUUCUUGUUGAUGUCUGCUUAAUGUUUAGAGAUGCCACCAUCAAAAGAAGCCCUAGAUGGCGACCAAGGAAGAAUAAGCAGAACCAGGCCGCACUAUCCACACGGCCAGCUGAGACACAGAGGAAUCAGCUGAAGAACCAGAUGUGGACUGGGGUGCUUGGUAUCACCUUGGUGGAGGGACAGGACCUGCCACAGCAUGGCCGUGGGGACAUUUACGUGCGCUUUCGCCUUGGUGAUCAGAAGUACAAGAGCAAGAACCUUUGCAUUCAGGCCAAUCCCCAGUGGAGAGAGCAGUUUGACUUCAAUCAGUUUGAAGAUAACCAGGAACCUCUGCAGGUGGAGGUGUACUCAAAGAGAGGAAGGAAGUGUGAGGAAUCAUGGGGGUUGUUUGAGAUUGACCUAUCGAGACUUCCACUUAAUGAGAGGCAGCUCUACACUCAUGUGCUGGACCCAGGAAAGGGCAGGCUGGUGUUUCUGGUCACCCUGAGACCCUGCUGGGGAGUCUCCAUCUCUGACAUUGAAACAGCUGCCUUGGAGAACCCUGAUGAGAGAGACACAGUAGUGGAUAGAUUUAGCUUAAAGAACUCACACAAGUGUGUGGGGGAGGUUGGCUUACUUCAGGUCAAAGUUGUAAAGGCAAAUGAUCUUCCUGCCACAGACCUCAAUGGAAAAAGCAACCCUUUCUGUGUUGUUGAGCUCGGUAACAGCAAACUUCAAACUCACACAAUCUACAAGACCCUCAAUCCGGAUUGGAACAAAGCCUUUACGUUCCCAAUAAAGGACAUUCAUGAUGUGAUAGAGUUAACUGUCCUUGAUGAAAAUGGAGACAAAGCCCCAAACUUUUUGGGGAAAUUAGCAAUUCCAUUACUUACUGUUCAGAAUGGGCAGGAGAUAUGUUUGUUCUUGAAGAAAGAAGACUUGGGAGGUACAUCAAAAGGAACCAUCACACUCGUGCUGGAGGUUAUCUAUAACAAAGUCAGAGCUGGAAUCAGAACCUUUCAACCGAAAGAGACAACAUUAAUGGAGGAAAACGUGAAGUUCUCCAAAAAGGUUCUUGCCCGGAAUAUUUAUCGGGUUCGAAAAAUCAGCACAGCAGUUCUGUACACGUUACAGUACAUUAAAAGCUGUUUUCAGUGGGAGAGCACGCAACGGAGUCUAAUAGCCUUUCUGAUCUUCCUUGUGACGGUGUGGCACUGGGAGCUCUUCAUGCUGCCCCUCUUCCUGCUUCUGCUCCUUGGCUGGCAGUACUUCCAGCUCACUGGGGGGAAGGCCAGCCCAAACCUGGACCUGGUGAACAUGAGCAUGGGUGACGACGAAGAGGAAGACGAGAAGGAAUCCGGGAAAAAGGGUUUGAUGGAUAAGAUACAUAUGGUGCAGGAAGUAGUGCUGGCUGUCCAGAACGUUUUGGAUGAAAUUGCAAACAUUGGAGAGCGAAUCAAGAACAUAUUCAACUGGUCUGUCCCAUUCAUGUCGUGCCUGGCCUGCGUGGUGCUGUUUGUGGCAACAGCGCUAUUAUAUUUUAUCCCACCACGAUAUAUUGUGCUGAUAUGGGGCGUUAACAAAUUUACCAAGAAGCUGCGCAACCCAUAUACUAUUGACAAUAAUGAAACACUGGAUUUCCUCAAGAGGGUGCCUUCUGAUGUUCAAAAGGUGCAGCACAGCGCGCUGAGAGCGCCCACCAGCCAGAACCAGCCGCGGAAGAAAAGGUAAGCGCCGCGGACACGCUGGAUGAAAGGCUGGUCUCCCUUUGAAUAUGGUACGACGCAGUCCACCUGACAACAAUGCUCCAGUGCCAGCAGAGCCCAUGACCCUGUGCACCCCCACCAUACCACCCUAACUCUGCCUCCUGCUGCUGAGGGGCAGCCAGCCGCUCUCUGGCUUGUGUGUUUGCCACCCCCCUGACAGAGGCUGUGAACUGCAGCAGCUAGGAGGGCAGCACAUGGCGCUGUCAAUCACAAGCCUGGAGGUAAAGAAAAGAGAGCGCUGCAAGGCUCAGCCUUCAUCUUUGGAAAUAAUUCUGAAAAGGAAUGAAAAGCGUCGGGUUUGGCUUACCUUGGACCUCCACGGCUUUGCUUUUCUUUUCUUUUUUGACUUUGGUGAAACUAAGAAAUUUGACUUCAGGUUAAGUUAAUACAAGCAGUUUAUGGAAAACAAACCAUCGCAAUCUUUUUUCUAUAUCCAUGUGUUAAUAUAAAUAAAGGUUAUAUAUCGCAAUAUAUUUUUAAAUAUUUAAAAUGUUUUGACACACAUUACAAAUUUCGGGACAGAGUACUGAAUGUUACUAUUCUUUUUGUGGUAAGGACCUACUGAAUAUAAUGCUCUCAGCUUUCCUAGUUUUAUCCCAGCAACAAAAUAUAUAUUUAUGUACUGCACGUGUAUUAUUUCCAGGUGACUUUAUUUGUUACUGUAUGUUAGACUGAUUAAUUUGAGAGUUUUAUUUUUACUCACUAUCUUGUCUGCAUCAUCAAAUAGAGAAUUUGCAGGAAUCCUGAAUAAAGAGUCUUGAUCAGUUUGAA